UAGUCGUUUUCGCCACUCCGAACGUAGCUACGGGUGGGUGCGUUUUAUUUAAUUUUAGAACGAAUCCAAAAUUAGACUUGCGUCUUGUAUCUCGCAGGUGGAAUUUAUUUUCGGAAUCAUGUAACGGGCUCACAACGAAGGGAGAAAAAUUGCACCUGGAGCUCCAGAGCACCACCUUUGUUACACACCGACGAUGAUGACGGGGAGGCAGUGAGUGGCCAGUUGGUUCCUUGGAGGCUUGGAGGCGGCGUCCAUGGAGCAUCUUGUAGAUGUUCCAUGGAUGAGCACGGCGAGUCCGGGAGCGACCGAGAACAACCGUGGAUACCUCCCAGGGUGGGACUGCGAACUUGAGAACUGACUUGAGAAAGUCGGAAGAGUUCGACGACCCAUCAACAUGCGGACAAGUGACCAAAAGAAGCUGCCGCAUGAGCUACAUCGUGAACUCAUUCCGCCGGCAACGAAUUUCCCGCCGCGGCCAACGCACUCUCGGCAAAUGGAUUCCAAGCAUGUUGAGCAAUCGUGUGGAGUUUGAGGAACCCCAUGGUCUUGGCGAGUUUGCGCCGCUCCCACGAAUUCAGACCUUCCACACACAGCUCGCCGUACCGCAGGAAGUCCAUCACGUGGGUAAAUGCCUUUGGGUCCAAGUCGAGAAAGUAGGCGCCUACGACAGACAUGUGAUAUACGAACAUGGAAGAUCGAUCGUCCUUACCAUCUUGACGAGUUGGGGUCGUGAGUAGCAGGUCGUGGAAGAACGAGAGCUCGUGCUGGAGGAGCGUGGCCUUGGUGGUCUCAAAGUAGGUCCCGCCUACGUUGAGUUUGAUCGUUGGCGCCGUCGCGGCAGCAUGCAUGAGCGUGGGGUAGACAGCGGGCGACGAGGCAGAAGAGAGUGGGUGAACAUGAGGCGCGGCAGCCAUGGCUGUCAUGCCGCCCAGAGCGGAAUUCGACGUGUUCUUGAUCGAAAAUACAAGGCUUGCAUUAUUGUUGUGACGCUUCUUCGUCCGGACCGACUUGAACCAGUCGGGCUGAUCUCGUUCUGUGAGAGAAUGCAUGUGGGACAGGAAUGGCGCACAACGCCGCAAGUGCCGCUCCACACAUGCUGUCUUGUUGUGGUGCAGGACCUCGGCGUGGCAAUGCAAGCAUUGCGCGCGAGGGCCUUCCGAUGCUAAAUGGGCGUUCACCUUUUGUGUGAAUACACUCCAAAUGGAGUGCAGCGGCCUUCCUUUUCUUGGCACCGCAUGCGUUAUCGCAGGAGUCGAGUUGUCUGAGGGAUUAGUGAGAUGAUUGACAGGGUGGGGAAAAUGAGGCGCGGAGUCCAUGGAGUCUACCGGUCGACGCUUCUUUGCCACAUAGAACGACGUGCUUGGAGGGUAUGUGGACGUGGGGGUGCUGUGGGGUGACUGUGUCGACGUUUCCAGGGAUUCUGAUGGAGAUGGGUGCUGGGCAUUCGUCGGACUGCCGCCUCUGCUACCCGUCAUGAUCUUUUGUCCAAGUGAUUCACCCUGGCAGUGAAA